AUGGCGACCAACGCCGUCCCAGACACGCAAUUGGGCUUGACGGCCGAGGAGAUUCAGCUUCUGCGACAAGGUCAGGCAGCCCUCGCCGGCGGCUCCAGCUCCUCUCGCGCUGCUAGUAGAGCUAGCAGCCAGGGGUUGCUGCUGCUCGACAGCUCGUCGCUCGCCGCCCUCGGCCGCUACUUUGAUCGCCUCAUGGCAAGCAUCGAGCAGAACAUCCGCUACCUCAGCGAGCAGGCCCAGCGCUUCACCCAGGUCCAGUACGACCGUGCCGGCAACAUCAUCGACGGCGCCGACGCCGAGAUUGCCCGCUACACCGAGAUACUGCGUCAGCUUGAUGAAUUGGAGAUGGACUUUGAUCGCAUUGCCAAUGUUAAGGAUAUUGUCAAAGGCUAUCGCUCAAGGGUCGAGGAUUUGGAACGAAGUCUCGACAACAGCGGAUCGUCCAGUCGACAUAAGCACUCAUCUUCUCAUUCACACAAGCACGGCUCGCACAAGCACGGCUCAUCGCAUCGCCAUCGACACUGA